CUACAGUGUGAGGAUAUUUAAAGCAGCGAUGCUGACAUGAUUUUAUAUUCUUAUUAGUGGGCGCAUCAUUUUUUCUUCUUCACGGAAAGACAUCAGCGAGUGAGCAUCAUAGGCUAGACCGCUUGGAGUCAAGUCAACACAUUCUUGCCCACGCGCUCGAUCCAGAUCUCACUGGAUUGGUUCAUAUAAAUCCACCCGAAGCAAGCAACCAGCAAGGAAGCGAUUCUUCUCACAAGCCUCAUCCACGUUUUGUUGUCCUCUUCGCAGCUGCUCGAGAGAAUCACCCCCAAGUGUUGGAUCUUCUUCAGCUCGCCUGAAAGCUUGUUCAACCAUCAGAAAUGGCGACUAGCGCUGGCUUAGGCCAGCCGAGCGUUCUGAGCACAUUACCGAAGAAUCUGCCCUUAGACUUUCUGAAAACCAUCACCGACCAGUUCUCAGAGGCGCGUAAAAUCGGUACAGGCGCAUUUGGAACUGUUUAUAUGGGACAUAUGCCGGAUGGCCAAAUAAUUACCGUGAAGAAACUCGCGGAAAAUUCGCCAAUCGCACGCGACAAAGCGUUUGCUAACGAGGUUCAGAACAUUAUGGCUCUCCACCAUGAAAAUGUACUGAAGUUGGUCGGCUACUGUCACGAAGGUCAAAAGAAAGUGGUGCUGAACAACGGAAGAUAUAUUGUGGCUGACAUUGUUGAAAGUUUACUUUGCCAUGAGUACUUACCACUGGGAAGCCUUCAGAAACAUCUUUUUGAAGUACAUACAAAAAUGGACUGGAACAUACGCUUCAACAUAAUUAAGGGGAUUUGCAAUGGUUUGCACUUUGUACACAGCAUUCCUAUUGUCCAUAUGGAUCUCAAGCCGGAAAACAUACUGUUGGAUGAUAACAUGGUGCCGAAAAUCGCCGAUUUCGGUCUCUCCAGACUCUUUGGUCAAGAACAAACACGGAUGAACACACAGAAUGUUGUUGGGUCAUAUGGAUACAUAGCUCCGGAAUAUCUAUACAGAGGUGAAAUCUCCACGAAGUCAGACAUAUACAGUUUAGGCCUACUAAUCAUGGAGACUACCACGGGAGAGAAGAAUUGUCCAGGCAAAGAACCGUCUGCAGUGCAAUUCAUAAAAAAUGUACGUGAAAACUGGAAAGAGCAGCGCAUCGCAUCCGAGUACCCAUUGUUAGAUGCAGAUGGUCUCCAACAAGUAAAAAAAUGCAUCGAAAUAGGACUGGAAUGUGUUGAGAUUGAUCGGCUGAAGAGACCAUCCAUAGAAACAAUUCUUGACAAGCUAAACGGACGAUGUGCAUCCAUAAGAAACUAAAAUGCCAUGCCAGUUUCAGGUCUCCAAUCUCCAUCGAGCAUGAAAUUUGGGUUUUGUUCAGCAGACACGUGCAACAUGGAAUGGACGCUCUCUAUUAUUAGCUAUAAUGAAUUAUUUUUUAAAUAUUACGAUAUGAUAUGUACUAUGUACGUCAUUGUGAAGUCUAUUAAAUUGUAUUUCUCCUUGUAACUGCUACGUACUCCACAUAUCUCUUGGUGGUAAUGGAUAUUUUUAUUCUCCAGAUACAA